UGUGUAGCGGCCGCAGAGGGUGCCACUGUCUUAGGCGAGGUCGGGCCUCCCAGCGCGGAAGAACCGCCCCCAGCAGCAGCACCAUCACCGCUUAGCAAAGAAUUCCAGGCCUGGCCCGGGACGGCAGCCGCACCAUGGAUUCCUCCAGUUCAUCUAACUCUUUUUUCUCCGGCGGCUCCACCAGUCCCGGCGCUGUCAUGCUCCUCUACUCGAAGGAGCUCAAAAAGUGGGAUGAGUUUGAAGAUAUUUUAGAGGAGAGGAGGCAUGUCAGUGACUUGAAAUUUGCAAUGAAAUGCUACACACCUCUUGUCUAUAAGGGAAUUACUCCUUGCAAGCCAAGUGAUAUUAAAAGUAGUGUUCUCAAUUCUGAAGAGGUCCGUUAUGUCAUUAAACAGCUUUCCAAGGAAUCCCUUCAGUCGGCCGAUGUCCUCCGAGAGGAAGUUUGUGAGAUCUUGGAUGAGAUGAGCCACAAACUGCGGCUGGGAGCCAUCCGGUUUUUCGCCUUUGCCCUGAGCAAAAUAUUUAAACAGAUUUUCUCCAAAGUGUGUGUAAAUGAAGAAGGUAUUCAGAAACUGCAACGAGCCAUCCAGGAGCAUCCGGUUGUUCUGCUCCCUAGUCAUCGAAGCUACAUUGACUUUCUGAUACUAUCUUUCCUCUUAUACAACUAUGAUUUACCUGUACCGGUCAUAGCAGCAGGAAUGGACUUCCUAGGAAUGAAAGUUAUCGGUGAGCUGCUGCGGAUGUCAGGGGCCUUUUUCAUGCGGCGCACCUUUGGCGGCAAUAAACUCUACUGGGCUGUGUUCUCCGAAUAUGUAAAAACGAUGUUACGGAAUGGUUAUGCUCCUGUUGAAUUUUUCCUCGAAGGGACAAGAAGUCGCUCUGCCAAGACAUUGACUCCUAAAUUUGGUCUUCUGAAUAUUGUGAUGGAACCAUUUUUUAAAAGAGAGGUUUUUGAUACCUACUUUGUUCCAAUUAGCAUCAGUUAUGAUAAGAUAUUAGAAGAAACUCUUUAUGUAUAUGAACUUCUAGGAGUUCCUAAGCCAAAAGAAUCUACAACGGGAUUGUUGAAAGCCAGGAGGAUUCUCUCUGAAAAUUUUGGAAACAUCCAUGUAUACUUUGGAGACCCCGUGUCCCUUCGAUCUCUGGCAGCUGGGAGGAUGAGCCGGAGCCCAUAUAACUUGGUUCCAAGAUAUAUUCCUCAGAAACAGUCAGAGGACAUGCAUGCCUUUGUCUCUGAGGUUGCCUACAAAAUGCAGCUUCUGCAAAUUCAAAAUUUGGUUCUGAGCCCGUGGACCCUAACAGUUGCUGUUCUGCUUCAGAACCGGCCAUCCAUGGACUUUGACGCUCUGGUGGAAAAGACUUUGUGGCUGAAAGGCUUAGCCCAGGCCUUCGGGGGCUUUCUCACUUGGCCCGAUAAUGAACCUGCUGAAGAAGUUAUCCAGUCCAACAUUCUUCUGCAUUCCAACAUCGCCAGCCUCGUCAAAGACAAGGUGGUUCUGAAAACGGACUCCGGAGACUCAGAAGUGGUCGAUGGACUUAUUUUCCAGCACAUCACUCUCCUCAUGUGCUCGACGUACAAGAACCAGUUGCUGAACGUUUUUGUUCGUCCCUCCUUAGUAGCUAUGGCUUUGCAGAUGACUCCUGGGUUCAGGAAAGAGGAUGUCUACAGUUGCUUUCGCUUCCUACUCAAUGUUUUUUCAGAUGAGUUCAUCUUUCUUCCCGGAAACGCACUAAAGGACUUUGAAGAGGGCUGUUACCUGCUUUGUAAAAGUGAGACCAUACAAGUGACAACAAGGGACAUCCUAGUUACGCCGAAAGGAAAUACUGUGCUAGAAUUUUUAAUAGGACUCUUUAAACCUUUUGUGGAAUGUUAUCAGAUAAUCUGCAAAUACCUCUUGCAUGAAGAAGAAGACCACUUCACUGAGAAACAGUACUUGGCUGCAGUUAGAAAAUUCACAGGUCGUCUUCUCGAUCAAGGUGCCUCGCAGUGUUAUGACGUGUUAUCUUCCGAUGUACAGAAAAAUGCCUUAGCAGCUUUUGUGAGGCUCGGGGUGGUAGAGAAGAAGAAGGUAAAUAAUGACUAUAUAUUUAAUGUGAAUGAACCUGCCACAGCAAAAUUAGAAGAAAUGCUUGGUUGUAAGACACCAGUAGGAAAACCAGUGACUGCAAAACUUUAAUAAUUGCCAAAGAGUUAUGGAAAAUUUGGUCACAGAAUUACUGUCAUCCAAGGACUCUUCAACAAACAGGGAAGUAAAGGAAGAGACCCAUCUUCUCGUACUUCGUAAGACUUUGAGAAGUGUGGGCUCACUAGAGAGGAAGAGAUAGGUGAUCAAUGUAAGCAAUCAGUGUCGUCUUCUCCGCCACAAUGGUUAAAAAGGCAUUUGUAUCCAACUCUGUGUGUGUUUUAAAAUAAAACAGUCUUUUGGAAACAUG